AUUCAUGUUUCAUAAAAGUGUGUUUGACUUUUCAGCACUUCGAGAUGGUUCACAUUAAAGAUGGAUUUCACCGACUUCUCGGACCUGUCAGUGUUUCCCAAAACAUUGCUGUCUUCCUUCUCCUAACACACUUUUGUGGAGGUCGGUCUCAGGAGAUCGGUCCACCUCGGCCCGUCAUGGCGAUGGUUGGUGAUGACAUUGUUUUGCCAUGUCAGCUGGAUCCUCCCAUGAAUGCUGUUUCCAUGACUCUGGAGUGGGGGAGACCAGACCUGAACCCCCGAUUUGUCCAUGUGUGGCAUGCUGGGCAGGAACUUCUGACUGACCAGAACGAGGCCUACAAGGGAAGAACAUCAGUGUCCAUUGAGAAACUGAAGCACGGAGACAUGUCUCUGACACUGUCCACAGUGAAGAUCUCUGAUAACGGGAUGUACAGAUGUUACACCCCAAAACAGAGUAAAGAGUAUUUUGUUGAGCUUCUUGUUGGUGCUGUCUCCUCACCUGCUAUCAGCUUAGCGGGCAUCGAUAAGGCCACCAGAGGAGUGAUGUUAGACUGCAGGUCUGAAGGCUGGUAUCCAGAGCCUGAGGUGUUGUGGCUGGACGGUGAGGGAAACCUCCUCUCUGCUGGACCUCCAGAGACAGUCAGAGGUCCUGAUGACCUCUAUACUGUCAGCAGCAGAGUGACUGUGGAGAAGAGACACAGCAACAGCUUCACCUGUAGAGUCCAACAGAAGAACACCAACCAGACCAGAGAGACACACAUCCAUCUGCCAGAGGAUUUCUUCGUGGCUCCGUCUACUUGUACUCCAUCUAUUGUCUUCAGUGUGUUGUUUGGGCUCCUGUUGGUUCUUGCUGUUGUCCUUUGUCUUUGUUUUGUCUGGAAAUUGAAACAAAACAAAACUGUUUCACAGCCAGAGAUGAAGACAACAACACAGCAGCCUUUGAUGGAAGCAGAAGGAAGCAGAGAGCAUCUCAUGACAGAAAUCAAGAAAAUGGAGGAAGAGUUAGAGAAGAAAGAGGAAGAACAGAAAGAUAUGACACAGGUUAUUGGUCCUCUGUCAGAACUGAUGAAGGAACUGGAGAAGCAGAAAGAGAAACUCACCGACCAAAUGCAGAAGUCAGAGAGACUGGUGGAGGAGAAUGAAAAGAAGGUUCAGUCAGUGGAGGAGGAGGGAGAUAGAACAGCUAACAGAGCUCAGGGAUACUUCAAACUAAAAGAAAUCCUAACAGAGAACAACUGGAACCUGAACGAGAGGAAGAAAGAACAACAACUACUGCAAAUGAACACAGAGAAACUAAAGAAGAAGACAAUGGAUGAGGUUAACAGAAUUACAGAGAAGAAGAAGAAAGUAGAGAACGACAUGGAGCAAAUGAAGAAACAACUGGAGGAGAUUCAGAGGAAACUUGAGUCAGAGAGAGGAGGGAGGAAAUAGAAGGAAACAAAACAAAAAUCUUAAAUGUCGGCGACAUGAAGGCAUAAAAUAAUC